AAAAAAAGAGAGACGUAUUCUCUUCUUUAUCGAUAGUCCCGCCUUCAUUGCCAAAUUCAAACUCGAAGAAAUCUCUCUCUCUCUAUCUCUCUCUCUCUCUCUCUCUCUCUCUCAAUGAGCGAUCUCAUUCUGAUCUCCGACGGCGAGGAUGAAGCUACUCCACCACCGUCGAAGAAGGCUCGAAAGAAUUCUACACCUACGAUUUUGAACUUGGAUACGGAUCCAUCACCGCAGAAGCAACCGCCGGGAUCUGCUUCUACUCCGUUGCUCGUCGACGAGACAACUCUCUUUGACGAUGUCACUGUCGUCAAGUCUUCCUUUGGUUCCUGAAUCGGAGUUUCUUUAAACAAGUUUUCCGGUAAACGAGUAAUAUCUCUUGAGUCGGAUUCUGAAGACAGCUCUCGACCAGGGACUUCAAAGAAGUAUGAACCCGUGGAUGCUGAUUCUUGGAAGCAGCCUUGUACAUUGAAAUCUGGAUCCAGUGAUGCUGAUUCUGAUGAUGAUACUAGCUGGAUGCAGCGACCUAGUUUUCGAUCUACCAUGUCUAAAGAUGCUAUUGAGGUAGAUUCUGACCAUGAGAAAGAAGAUACAAGUGUUGAGAAAUUGCGUCGACAAAAGCAGAGCAGAAGUUCUAAAAGUACAUCUCUUUCUGCUGAUGAAUUGCCUAAAAAGCAGAUGUCAAAAAAUGAAAAAGUCCGAGCGUCAGAGGAAAAGAAGUUAAGAAAAGAACAAGAGAAAUUACAAAAAGCCGCCAUGAAAGCUGAAGAUGCUGAGCAUAAAAAGUUGGAGAAGGAAAAGCAGAAAUGGGCAAAGGACAAAGCGCUUAAAUCUAUUGUCGCCUUGAUUGACAAUAAAUUAGUUGAAGAAUCUGUUGGAGGACGUCUCAUUUCGGGGUUGCAAGAGAAAGGCAUUACAUACCGUGUAACCCCUAAUCCAAUUGAAAGAUCCAUUGUGUGGACAAUGACACUUCCAGAGGAUAUUGCUCAGACUUUACCCCUAGGAUCCGAGAUUCCAUAUGUUUUACUUAUGUAUGAGGCUGAAGACUUUUGUAAUCUUGUUGCUAAUAAAGAACUUCUCGAAAACGUCUCCAGAGUCCGUGACAAAUACCCAUCUUAUAAGAUGUGCUACCUCACCAAUAGGUUAAUGUCCUACGUAAAAAAAAAGGAGAGUGUUGAGUACAAGGACCCUGUUAAUCGCAGUGGUUGGAGAAAGCCUCCUAUUGAUGAGGCAAUUGCAAAGUUAACAACUCACUACACUGGAGUACAUUCCAGACACUGUGUAGACGAGGCUGAGGUGGCUGACCAUCUUGUUCGUUUAACAAGUAAUCUGGCCUAUUGCCAAGUCAGGAAUAAGUUAACUCGGUUAUCAGUAUGCGCUGAUGGUACAUUAAUGUCCAAGAAUGCAGCUGAUAAGCACUUGGUUAGAGAGAGCCUAUGGUUGAAAGUGUUGGUAGCAAUACCAAAGGUACAGCCAAGAUACGCUGUAGCAGUGUCGAAGAAAUACCCAUCCUUGAAGUCCCUUCUUAAGGUUUAUAUGGAUCCUAACAUAUCGGUUCAUGAGAAGGAGUUUCUACUGAAAGAUUUGAGAGUGGAAAAUUUAGUAGGAGAAGACAAAAUGGUUGGUGAUGCCUGUUCGAAGCGGAUAUACAGAGUGCUUAUGUCUUUAGAUGGAACAAUUAAGACUGAUGACGUCGAAAAUGGUGCUGCUUCCUUCAUAUGACUUAAUUUAGAACUAAGAGAACAUCAAAUAGUCUCAUAACUUCCUCUGUGAGACAAAACACAAGAAUGAUUGUGUCUUAGGUUUUUUCUUUUGUAUAUGUAUGCAAGUUGACCUAUGAAGAAGUUGAUCAUCUCUUUCCUUUCUUCUAUUGAAGUCUAUAAUGUGUGUGUUCAGUCUUGUAAGUGAUUUGGUAUUUGAUUUUGUUAGUAAAGAAAGGUAUUAUCA